AUGCCCUUCACCUCCAUCAUGGCUGACAGAAACUGCACUGUUCUCAUCGCCAGUGAUGCGGGGUCAGUGUCGUUUGAGGAUGUGGCCGUCGGCUUCACCUGGGAGGAGUGGCGGCACCUGAACACUGCGCAGAGGACCCUGUACAAGGACGUGAUGCUGGAGAACUAUACCAGCCUGGUGUCAAAGUCAGCACUCAGUGUACAUCAGAGAACUCACAAUGGGGAGAAACCUCACAGAUGCAUUGAGUGUGGCAAAACCUUCCACAAGAAGUCGAUGCUCACUGCACAUCAGAGAACACACACGGGAGAGAAGCCCUACAAAUGUGAAGAAUGUGGAAAAUCCUUCGGCCACAGGCCUGCCCUAACUCCAAAACUCACUGUUCAUCUGAGAACUCAUACUGGGGAGAAACCCUAUGAGUGUAACAAAUGUGGAAAAACCUUCUACCAGAAGUCAAACCUCACUGUACAUCAGAGAACUCACAUAGGGGAGAAGCCCUACGAGUGUAUACAGUGUGGGAGAGCAUUCUGUGAGAAGUCAACUCUCAGUAAACAUCAGAGAACUCACACAGGGGAGAAGCCCUAUGAAUGUAAGGAAUGCAGGAAAACCUUCUACCAGAAGUCGGCCCUCACUGUGCAUCAGAGAACUCACACAGGGGAGAAGCCCUAUGAAUGUAAGGAAUGUGGGAAAACUUUUUGCCAGAAGUCACACCUCAACAAACAUCAGACAACUCAUGCAGGGGAGAAACCAUUUGUGGCAGAGAGUGGCUCUGGGGCCAAUGAGCAGGGCCCAGCCAAGGCUUCAACCACGCUCAGUGGCUAA